AUGUUACAUUAUAUGCUGAUAUUUCUUUUUCUGACAAUAUCCACUCUUUCGCAAUAUUGUGAUGGACUUUAUACGAAAUUUGCAAAAAGAGCGUUGCAAAAAUUUCAUGAAAAACCUAGAAUUCAAAAGCUCUCAGGAUUUUUUUUGAAUCAGGAUUCUUAUUCGGAUGAUCCUGAUACAUCAUUAAUUGAUUUACUUACUGCAGUUGCUAGCAAUUAUCUAUCCGACUGCAGCACUGCAAUAUUUUAUGAUAAUUACACUGAAACUCAAGAUCGGGGUUUUCUAACAAAUUUUUUCCAACAUUAUCCUUUGGCGCAUGUUCAUGGAAGUAUACCUGAAGAUCAUCACAUUGAAGAUUCAGUUGAUCAAAGUGCCGAUAAAUGCGUCCAUUAUAUACUUUUCAUAAAAGAUGUUAUGAGGUGUCAAGAUAUUGUAAGUAGAAGAAGUGAAAAAGUUGUUGUAGUAGCCAAAUCGUCACAGUGGAGAGUGCAAGAGUAUUUGUCUAGUGAGCAUUCACAGGAAAUUGCUAAUCUACUCAUCAUAGUGAAGUCGGAUAAGUUUUUACAAAAAAAGAAAGAAACUCCUUAUAUUCUGUACACGCACAAAUUAUUUGUGGACGCUUUGGGCUCUAGCCAACCAGUAGUACUAACUUCUUGGUCAGGAGCAAAUUUUUCGAGGAAUGCAAUUUUAUUCAACACAAAACUCAAACAUGGAUUUGCUGGUCACAGAUUUAUUAUUGCUGCUGCUCAUCAACCGCCAUAUGUGAUUAAACUGGGACGUAAUAAGAGAGAUGAAAUAGAAUACGAUGGAGUUGAAGUGAAAUUAGUUGAAAUUCUUUCUCAAAUGUAUAAUUUUAGCACAGAUUAUAAGGAAAGCGCUGACAUAAAAACUUUAGGACCUAGUGAAGCAGUGAUCAAGGCGCUACAAGAUGGGAAUAUAAAUUUAGGCAUUGGUGGCUUGUAUAUAACGGAAGACAGAUAUACCGCUGGUAUAUUUCACUGGCAUAGUGAGGAUUGCGCUGCUUUUAUAUCUUUAGCCUCGACAGCCUUACCCAGGUACCGAGCUAUAAUGGGCCCGUUCAAUUGGACUGUGUGGUUGGCUUUGAUUAUGGUUUACCUAGGCGCCAUUCUUCUUUUUUCUUAUUCGGACAAAUCCACACUCAAACAUUUAAUCAAGAAUCCUGAAGAAAUUGAAAAUAUGUUUUGGUAUGUUUUCGGCACUUUCACAAACUGUUUUACGUUCUCCGACAAAAAAUCUUGGACAAAGGCGGAGAAGAAUACUACGAAGCUUCUUGUGGGUAUCUACUGGAUUUUCACAAUCAUUAUAACUGCCUGUUAUACCGGUUCAAUUAUAGCCUUCGUGACACUACCAGUUUUUCCUGCAGUGAUUGAUACAGUCGAGCAACUUUUAGGGGGUAGAUACGAAAUAGGAAUGUUAGAUAGAGGUGGUUGGAAUCACUGGUUUCGCAAUAUAUCUGACGAAGCAAGUAGAAAACUUCUGGGAAAAGUUGAUUACGUCCCAGAUGUAGAAAGUGGAUUAAAAAACGUCACAAAGGCCUUUUUUUGGUCUUACGCUUUUUUGGGUUCAAAGGAAGAAUUAACUUAUGUUGCUAAUUCUAAAAUAGGAGGCUUCAAAUCAGUGUCCGAAGAUCGAGCAUUAACUCUAGAUGACACCCAAGGAAUGUUUUUACUGCUAGCGUUUGGUUAUGUAGCUGGUGGUGCUGUGUUAAUAUCAGAAAUAUUUGGUGGCUGCCUCAAUUUGUGCAAAAAAUUAAAAACAAAUUCAAGAAGAUCCUCAUCUAAUGUUACCAUCUCGAGCAAUCCUCGCUUUCACGAAAGACAAACCAACAGAGAAAGACACCGGAGCGUUUCUUUCACCCAACAGCAACCAAGUCAAGAUCGAUCUUUUUCACUCUUUUCAGACGAAAUAGAGCCUUUAGGACAGAACCCAGAAGAAGCGUUUGGGGAGAAUCUGAUUCAUAGUAUGAAAUCUAUGCGUAGUGAAUCACUCGUAGACUAUAAUGGAAAGAUCGAUGAAAUAUUUGACGAUGCUUUGGAAAAUGAAGAUUGCAUCAGCACGGAAGGAAGUGAAUUUAAAGAAAAAAAUAUACAUAAGACAACAGAAAAUUAG